AUGAGGCAUGAAAAGAUGAGAUCCAUUUCUACUGAUGAUAAAAUUACGAAUGAUAGCAGUAAAACAAUAUCUGCUGGCUUCCAAUGUAAAUCAGGAGAUUGUCCUUCUAAUUCAAGUCCUACUGAAGAUGAAUCAUCUAUUUCUACUACUCAGCAAUUUGAUUUAACAUCUUUUGAACUAGGACACCAUUCUGAAUACCAGACUAGCUCGAUGGAAAAUGAAUUAAAAUUAAACUGUAGCGAUGAAAUCUUCAAUUUCGCGGAAUGCGAUGUUCAAACAUGCGAUGAAAAUUUAGACAAGCUAGAGAAUAGUAUCGCUAAUAGCAAUUGUUCACACAACGAUGAAAUCUUCGGUUUCCCAGAUUGCCAUGAUAAAACAUGCGAUGAUAAUUUAGACAAGUUACACGAAAUUAUUCCCAAUAGCAAUUGCCCACGGAACGAUGAAAUCUUCAAUUUUCUGGAUAGUCAUGCUCAAAACUAUGAUGAAAAUUUAGAUAAUUUACUCAGUAUUGUCUCCAAUAGCAAUUCUUCGCCGAAAGAUGUAGGACUUGCUACUGAUGAAAUUCAAGUGAUUAAAAAUAACAGCAAGAAUGCUACGAAAAAUCCAGUCAUUUCUCCAAAAUUCAAGGAUCAAUGGAGUCCUUCAAGCUGUCAGCAGUCGCAAUAUGUAAGGCGGAAAAGAUGCAAUUCUCAAAUAGAUAGCGAUGACGUUGAUCAAAAUCCAGUUAUUAGUGAAAUUCGUUACUUAGCAUCUAGUUUAGGCGAAGAUUUACUACUUUCUUCAACAGAUAGGCAGAAUCUUGAGCAUUCCUUGCACGACAAGCAACUAAAUCACCCAGUGAAUUCCCAUAUUACUUAUUCUAGCUUUGAUCAAAAUCAGGCUGAUGAAAACUGUUAUUUAAUGACGCAUGCAGAAGAAGAUUUACUUCCAUCAGCAAAUGGGCAGAAUUAUGAUCAUUCUUGGCACAGCGAGCAACCAACUCGUCCAUUAGAUUCUGAUGAUGUCCAUUCUACUGUCGAUCAAAAUCAGGUCAUUAAUGGACCGUUAACUAAUGAAAAUCACCAUUUAAUGACCAGUUUAAAUGAAAAUUUACUGGCAUCAGCAAAUAGGCAGAAUCUUGAUCAUUACUCGCACGGCAAGCAGCUAACUCAUUCACUGGAUUCUCAUGAUGAUCAUUCUGGCAUUGAUCAAAAUCAGGUUAAGAAUGGAAAUCGUUAUUUAAUGAUUCAUUCAAAUGAAAAUUUAGUUCCUUCAGUAAGUAAGCAAAAUCUUGAUCACUUAAUGCACAACAAGCAGAUAACUCAUCCAUUAUUAGAUUCCCAUGAUGAUACUUCUGGUAUGGAUCAAAACCAAGUUAGUAAUGAAAACCGUUAUGCGAUGACCAAUUCGAAUGGAGAUUUACUGACUCCCAAAAAUGGGCAAAAUUUUGAUCUUCCUUUUUAUGGCAAGCAAAUUACUCAUCCGUUAUUGGAUUCUCAUGAUGAUGGUUCCAGUGUUGAUCAAAAUCAAGUUAUUGAUGAAAACCGUUAUUUAAUAAUUAAUACAAAUAAAGAUUUACUUCCUUCAGAAAGUAGGUUGAAUCUUGAACAUGCUUUGGUUGGUAAGCAGAUAACUCAGCCAUUAUUGGAUUCCCGUGGCAAUAGUUCUUGUAAUGAUCAAAAUCAAAUUUUCGUUGAGAAUUCGAAUCGUUAUUUAAUAAAUAAUUCAAAUCAAGAUUUACUUCCUUCCGUAAGUGAGCAGAAUCUUGAUUAUUCUUUGCACAGCAAGCAGAUAACUCAUCCGCUAUUGGAUUCCCACGCUAGCAAUUCUAGUAUUGAUCAAAAUCAAGUUGAAACUAAGAAUCGUCAUUUAUUGACCAAUUCGAGUAAACAGUUGCCAGUUUCUUCAAUAAGCGAGCAGAAUCUUGAUUAUUCAUGGCAUAACAAGCAGUUAACCCAUCCAAUGUCAGAGUCUCAUGAUGAUCUUUCUAGUCUUGAUCAAAAUCAUGCCAUCAGUGAAAACAGUAACGGUUAUUUAAUGACCUACUCAAAUGAAGGUUUGCUAAUUCCUUCCACAAGUGAUCGAAAUCUAGAUCAUUCUUUGCAUAGCAAUCAGCCAACUCAUCCACUACUGGAUUCUUGUGUUGAUAAUUCUACUUUACAUCGGCAUCAAAGUAGAUUGGAUAACCGUGGCAAUAAUCUUUACCGCGAAUCAUCUAGACCUGAGAAUAGGCAUUCAACCCCUAAUGGAAAAUUCAGCAGAUCACAAGCUCUUAUGCCAAAAUGUGGCCUUUAUUCGGGUAGGGCACAGUCAAGUAGGAAAAAAGAUCACCCUGGAAUAAAUCAGGAAUCGGUUAAUGGCUAUUCUUACCAAAAUGAAUCUGCAAGGCAUGGCUAUAGCAAAUCAAAUCCAUUAUCGAAUGAGGAUAACUUCAAGAAAAGGAAUCCAAAUUGCUACUGUUCCUGUCACGGUUCUAACCGAUCGUCAUACGACGAAGGAAACGACACUUACAUCUCUGCAACGCUAAAUUAUUCUAAUUCUACUAAAACAAAUGAAAAUCAUGACCCAAACGUUAGUCUUGAUGACGACAUUUAUUUAAUAUCUUCAGGUCAGAGUGCCAAGAAUGAUGCUCUAAAGAUAUCUGCAUCGCUCAAUCAUUCCAAUUCGACUAAAGUUAACCUUAAUGGUCGCCAAAAUAGUAGCCUUGAAGACGACAUUUAUUUCAUAUCUUCAAGCAACAGUACUGUUAAUUUUACUCUGCCCAAAAGCCGUAAAAGGCAAAUAAUAGACAUUGCCGAUUCUACGUCAAGCUCUGUAUCUAGUAAUAAGGUAUCCAAGUAUGCGUCUAAUUUAUCAAAGGAAAGCAGGAAUGAAUCUUUAUCGCAGAAAGCUACCUUAGAAAGAGAUAAUUCAGCUCGUAUCAGCUAUAAUUCAGAUGCAUCGGACGCUAAUACUACCAGUCAAAAAGAUGAAGUGCAACAUCACCCUCAAAGUAUUCCAAUAUGGCUAAGAAAUCCACUCUUGCGUACAAACAAAUGCAAAAAUUUCUGCCAAUUGGCCACAGAAAUAGCCUGUUCGAGACAAAGUGAUCAUCCAUUGCCAGCGUUUCCGACAGAUAAUUCUGGCUCAUCGCAAGUAAUGAAUGCGGUCAGUAACGCAUCUUGGCAACAGAAUCGUGCACAACAUGGUCUUUUAUUAACGAGGAACAACAUUUCCUAUUCUCCAAUGGAUAUAGCAGAUGCUAAUAGUACGGAUCCAGGUACACAUUCGCAAGAAAAUGCUCAGUCAUCGAAUCAUACUGGACUAAACGGUAAUGUAACCUUUCGAAAUGGAUGCCAGUUGAUUACUGGCGACAAGAAAACCGGUAAAAAUCGUAUACAAUACGAAAUUGAUUCAACCAAGGCAAAGCCGUGUAGAACAAGACGUUCAUCAAAGGCAAGAACAAACGGCGAAAAAAGAUGUGAAAACACUGACGAAAAAUCAAAGAAAAAGAAAGAUGACAAAUAG